GGACAUAUGGAAGUUUUAGACCGGUUGGUGAUCAUGGUAGGUGAUGCGGAGAAGAUCUGGGGAUUCGUCCAGACCCUCGAGAACAAGGACAUUCCUCAGCAUGCAACUGAAAUGUGAGAUAAUAUCUGGAUCCGUUCCCACAGAGAAUUUGGUCAUGUACUUUUUUUGGUGUACAUAUAAGAUGAGAGUUCACAAUCGGAGGAAUGUUUCGUGAAGUAGCACUCAUUUCAUUUGCUUAAAAGAUGGGGGAAAACAAAACGGUGAAUGAUAUGGAAUUAAGCUAGAGGAAAUCUUCAGGUUUGAAUUCGGGGAGAAAGAACAAAGAUGGUCAGGACCUUGUCUACCAUGUGACUAAUCCGGUCUCUUAUUCAUCUGGAGAUAAUAAUUUGAAAACUCUUUUGCUCAAGCAAACACAAGUGCAUUAUUUGAACUUGAACGUACCACCACCCUCGGACCAGAGGGAGUCUGUGACAAUGCUGGACGAGCUCACGGAAAAAACUAAAGCACAACUUUCCAAAGCAGAAUGGCUAGCAGUAGCGUCUCCUCUACGCUGGAGCUCAACCAAACAGGGAGCGAGAAUUGGGAAUCCCUCCAGCCUGGAGAACCACUCCGUUGGGCCGCGCUGCUCAUUCUUCUGGUUAUCAUCCCCACCAUUGGUGGAAACAUCCUGGUCAUUCUGGCAGUGUCUUUGGAGAGAAAACUCCAGAACGCCACUAACUUCUUCCUGAUGUCUCUGGCUGUGGCCGAUCUGCUGGUGGGAUUGCUAGUAAUGCCCAUCGCUCUGGUGACUGUACUAUUUCACUCCAGGUGGCCCCUUGCAGAUUUCCUGUGCCCUAUCUGGUUGUUCCUGGAUGUCUUGUUUUCGACUGCCUCCAUCAUGCACCUGUGUGCCAUCUCCCUCGACCGCUACAUUGCGAUCAAGAAACCAAUCCAGCACAGCCAGUUCAAGUCCAGAGCUAAAGCGCUGGCUAAAAUAGCACUUGUCUGGCUAAUCUCUAUAGGUAUUGCAAUACCAAUUCCAAUCAAAGGGCUACAAGUCUUCGACCAUCCAAACAAUGUCACGUUCAACAACAACCACACCUGUCUGUUGUCACCAGAAGGUUUCGGGGACUUCAAGGUGUAUGGGUCUUUGACGGCUUUCUUUAUACCACUCACAAUUAUGAUGAUUAUCUACUUGCUGACAAUCCAAGUACUGCGCAAGAAGGCCUAUCUUUUGAGAUCGCGAGCUGCAAGGCCCAGCAUUUCCACUGUCUUCCACCAGGAGUUGCCGGUUGUCUCUUCGCCUAAGAAAGUGGUCAUUGCAAAUGGAAUAAAAAGGGACCGAACACUGCAUCCCGUCACAAGGGAUGAGAUCCAUCUCCGCAGGAUGUCCACCAUAGGAAAGAGGUCCAUGCAAAACUUGAGCAAUGAACAAAGAGCAUCAAAGGUUCUAGGGAUAGUCUUCAUGUUGUUUGUUGUGAUGUGGUGUCCUUUCUUCAUUACCAAUGUGGCUUCUGUACUCUGUCAAGGGUGCAACAGUAAUCUAAUGGACCAGCUGUUGGAUAUCUUUCAAUGGGUGGGCUACGUUUCGUCGGGAAUCAACCCGCUGGUUUAUACGCUGUUCAACAAGACAUUCAGGCAGGCCUUUAGGCGCUACAUCACAUGUAACUACAGACGUGUAAGGACUCCAAAAAUGCAACGGAGAAGCAGAAUUUCUUUUCGGCCAUCAGUGAGUGAAAACUCAAAACGGUUUAUGAAACACGGUAUGAAGAAUGGCAUCAGCACUGUAAGUUAUCAGAGUCCUCUUCGGCGUUGUCCUAUGCACCUGCAGACCUCUCUGAACAUCACGCUGGACACAUUGCUUCUGACGGACAAUGAAGACUGCAAACCUGACGAACACGUUAGCCACGUGUAGUGCAUCCGAUACACUUCAAAUAAGAAGCCAAGAUAGAGAUGUGCCAGUCGUUCAGUGCCGAAAGCCCACAAGUUCUCAUGGGAACCAAUGAGAUAUGGUCUAAAAUGGUUCAGAAGGGCUGCAUAAAAUGGUCGGGGGGUUGUUUUGCAUGGUCGCCAAUAUCACAUUCAGUCACACUUUAUUUUAAGGUCCAAUUCUCACCAUUAACAAAUCAUUAACCACAACUUUUGCCUUCAAUAACAUCCUAAUUCGCGGCUUAUUAAUAGUAAGUAAGGUAGUUGUAAAAUUUAAGUACUGGGUAGGAUUAGGGAUGUAGAAUAUGGUCAGGCAAAAUAUGUGUUUUAUAAGCACUAAUUAACAACUAAUAUAUAAUAACAAGCAUGCUAAUAAGCAACUAGCUAAUAGUGAGAAUUGGUCCUUUACUAAAGUGUUACCUGAUACUCCAUCUUAAUUCCUUGGAUUGGUAGAUAGAUUCACACUUAAUAUGACUGUCUAAGAACCCCCAAAAGACAAAAAUAGCUUUGGGGUGUGAAAGUAAUGCCAGCCUAAUAACUGGUGGUACUGUGAAAAUAGACAGUACUUAUGGCAAAGAGAGGAGUAUUUUUGCACAUCCCAAAGUUAGUAGACAGGGUCUAAAAGGGAAGCCAAAAUAAGACAUCUUCUCUAUAUAAAGGACAAGUCUUGAAUAAAUAACAUCUCCACUUAUCUUCUGUAUACAAUGAAUAAAUAAUACAUGCUUCACUAAGUUAUGGCAGGUCUUCUUUACCUCUGUAGACUGAUCUUGAAUCAAAAAUGCCUUUGUAUAUGUAAGAAAUAACUUUGUAGAUACUGACAUUUUG